AUGUUUUUUUAUCUCUUCAGUGAAUAUAUACAAUGUUUCUUUCUCAAACUCUUCAUGUACAAAGCAAAAAUAUUGUCUACUUUCGGAUAUUUCUCUCUUCUUUUUGUGUAUAUUUCGCUCUUCUCUCCCUUCGGGUAUUUCUUCCUUCUCUUCUUUCGGAUAUUUGUCUCUCCUCUACCUUCGGGUAUUUCUUCCUUCUCUUCUUUCGGAUAUUUGUCUCUCCUCUUCCUUCGGAUAUUUCUUCCUUCUUUUCUUUCAGAUAUUUGUCUCUCCUCUUCCUUCAGAUAUUUCUUCCUUCUUUUCUUUCAGAUAUUUGUCUCUCCUCUUCCUUCGGGCAUUUCUUCCUUCUUUUCUUUCAGAUAUUUGUCUCUCUUCUUCCUUUGGGUAUUUCUUCCGUCUUUUCUUUCGGAUAUUUGUCUCUCCUCUUCCUUCGGGUAUUUCUCCCUUCUUUUCUUUCGGAUACUUGUCUCUUCUCUUUCUUCGGGUAUUUCUUCCUUCUCUUCUUUCGGAUAUUUGUCUCUCCUCUUCCUUCGGGUAUUUCUUCCUUCUCUUCUUUCGGAUAUUUGUCUCUCCACUUCCUUCGGGUAUUUCUUCCUUCUUUUCUUUCAGAUAUUUGUCUCUCCUUUUCCUUCGGGUAUUUCUUCCUUCUCUUCUUUCAGAUAUUUGUCUCUCCUCUUCCUUCGGGUAUUUCUUCCUUCUCUUCUUUCGGAUAUUUGUUUCUCCUCUUCCUUCGGGUAUUUCUUCCUUCUUUUCUUUCAGAUAUUUGUCUCUCCUCUUCCUUCGGGUAUUUCUUCCUUCUUUUCUUUCGGAUAUUUGUUUCUUCUCUUCCUUCGGGUAUUUCUUCCUUCUCUUCUUUCGGAUAUUUGUCUCUCCUCUACCUUCGGGUAUUUCUUCCUUCUCUUCUUUCGGAUAUUUGUCUCUACUCUUCCUUCGGGUAUUUCUUCCUUCUUUUCUUUCGGAUAUUUGUUUCUCCUCUUCCUUCGGGUAUUUCUUCCUUCUCUUCUUUCGCAUAUUUUUUUCUCCUCUUCUUUCGGGUAUUUCUUUUCUUUUCUUUUUGUUAUAUGUUUCUCCUCUUCCUUCGGGUAUUUCUUCCUUCUCUUCUUUCGGAUAUUUGUCUCUCCUCUUCCUUCGGGUAUUUCUUCCUUCUUUUCUUUCGGAUUUUUCUCCUCUUCCUUCAGGUAUUUCUUCCUUCUCUUCUUUCGGAUAUUUGUAUCCUUCUUCGGGUAUUUCUUCCUUGUCUUCUUUCGGAUAUUUGUCUCUCCUCUACCUUCGGGUAUUUCUUCCUUCUUUUCUUUCGGAUAUUUGUUUCUCCUCUUCCUUCGGGUAUUUCUUCCUUCUUUUCUUUCAGAUAUUUGUCUCUCCUCUUCCUUCGGGUAUUUCUUCCUUCUCUUCUUUCGGAUAUUUGUCUCUCCUCUUCCUUCGGGUAUUUCUUCCUUCUUUUCUUUCAGAUAUUUGUCUCUCCUCUUCUUUCGGGUAUUUCUUCCUUCUCUUCUUUCGGAUAUUUUUCUCUCCUUUUCCUUCGGGUAUUUCUUCCUUCUCUUCUUUCAGAUAUUUGUCUCUCCUCUACCUUCGGGUAUUUCUUCCUUCUCUUCUUUCGGAUAUUUGUCUCUCCUCUUCCUUCGGGUAUUUCUUCCUUCUCUUCUUUCAGAUAUUUGUCUCUCCUCUUCCUUCGGGUAUUUCUUCCUUCUUUUCUUUCAGAUAUUUGUCUCUCCUCUUCCUUCGGGUAUUUCUUCCUUCUCUUCUUUCGGAUAUUUGUUUCUCCUCUUCCUUCGGGUAUUUCUUCCUUCUUUUCUUUCGGAUAUUUGUUUCUCCUCUUCCUUCGGGUAUUUCUUCCUUCUCUUCUUUCGGAUAUUUGUCACUCCUCUUCCUUCGGGUAUUUCUUCCUUCUUUUCUUUCGGAUAUUUGUCUCUCCUCUACCUUCGGGUAUUUCUUCCUUCUCUUCUUUCGGAUAUUUGUCUCUCCUCUUCCUUCGGGUAUUUCUUCCUUCUCUUCCUUCAGAUAUUUGUCUCUCCUCUUCCUUCGGGUAUUUCUUCCUUCUCUUCCUUCAGAUAUUUGUCUCUCCUCUUCCUUCGGGUAUUUCUUCCUUCUCUUCUUUCGGAUAUUUGUCUCUCCUCUUCGUUCGGGUAUUUCUUCCUUUUUUCUUUCAGAUAUUUGUUUCUCCUCUUCCUUCGGGUAUUUCUUCCUUCUUUUCUUUCGGAUAUUUGUUUCUCCUCUUCCUUCGGGUAUUUAUUCCUUCUCUUCUUUCGGAUAUUUGUCUCUCCUCUUCCUUCGGGUAUUUCUUCCGUCUUUUCUUUCGGAUAUUUGUUUCUCCUCUUCCUUCGGGUAUUUCUUCCUUCUCUUCUUUCGGAUAUUUGUCUCUCCUCUUCCUUCGUGUAUUUCUUCCUUCUUUUCUUUCAGAUAUUUGUCUCUCCUCUUCCUUCGGGUAUUUCUUCCUUCUUUUCUUUCAGAUAUUUGUCUCUCCUCUUCCUUCGGGUAUUUCUCAUUUCUUUUCUUUCAGAUA